GAGAAGUGACAUUCCUGUGAUUUCUCCCAGUGACACCUGUUGCUCCAGUUUCGCUCGCGCGUACAGACUAUUCGUCACUUGACAGGUGAACAUCCAAAGAGGAGUACAGCUUUGAAUAUUCGAGUAAACUUUUUAAAAACUUUUUUAGAUGACAACGACGCCAUGAAAGUAACAGUAACUUUUGGUGGUAUCGCGGUGGUCGUUCCAUGUAAGGAUGGGUGGACAGUGCGAGACCUAAUUCUUCAAGCUACACUGAGAUACCGAAAAGUUCUCGAUCAGGAAGGGGAGUUUGCGGUGCGGACCUACCAACUGAAGUACAGCGACGGAGGCAUCCUGGAUCAGGACGACCUGCUCAGCGACCUGGUGGAGGACCGAGACAAGCCCUGCCAGGGGGUGAGAAGGGUUAACUGGACGAAGGAAAGAUGGGAGGAAAAAAAACGUAAUAGUCUUCCUGGCGCAAUUACCGCCCCGGCGCCCACACCUGUGCCCGUCGUCCUGCGCCCGUCUCCAGCCAGCGGCCCCGACCCCGUUGCCCCCGUUAUGUGAAGAAUCCUCUUUGCGGUGUGUCCUUGGACACUCCCCACCCUCCGCUAACGAAUUACCUUAAUGAAUGGACUCCUCUUGAUUAGGAGCCAAUGUCUCCGAGUCGCCCACUUGAAUAACUCGGGCGAUCGACACUGUCUGAUGCGGCCUUCUCGCGGCAGGAGGGCAGGAGGAGGAGCGUUGCAUCUGCACCCUCCUCAACCCUCCCUCCCACGCACUCUCUCUC